AGGAGAGCCGGAAGUAGAUAGAGUUUCUCUAGAGACCCCGGAAGCGACGGGCUCUGGUUUUUGCUGCAGCUUCUGACUCCGGCCUUGGGAUGGGUUGCGACGGAGGAACAAUCCCCAAGAGGCAUGAGCUGGUGAAGGGGCCGAAGAAGGUCGAAAAGGUUGACAAAGAUGCUGAACUGGUGGCCCAGUGGAACUACUGCACUCUGAGCCAGGAAAUCUUGAGGCGCCCAAUAGUUGCCUGUGAACUUGGCAGGCUGUAUAACAAAGACGCCGUCAUCGAGUUUCUGUUGGACAAAUCUGCUGAAAAGGCUCUAGGGAAGGCAGCCUCACACAUUAGAAGCAUCAAGAAUGUGACAGAGCUCAGGCUUUCUGACAACCCUGCCUGGGAAGGAGAUAGAGGAAACACCAAGGGUGACAAGCAUGAUGACCUCCAGCGAGCACGGUUCAUCUGCCCUGUGGUGGGCUUGGAGAUGAAUGGUCGCCACAGGUUUUGCUUCCUUCGAUGUUGCGGUUGUGUGUUUUCUGAACGAGCUUUGAAAGAGAUAAAAGCUGAAGUGUGCCACACGUGUGGGGCUGCCUUCCAGGAGGAUGACAUCAUUAUACUCAAUGGCACCAAAGAGGACGUGGAGCAACUGAAGAAGAGGAUGGAGGAGAGGCGGCUGCGGGCCAAGCUGGAAAAGAAAGCAAAGAAGCCAAAGGCAGCUGAGUGUGUUUCAAAGCCGGGUAUCACAGAAGACUCCGCGGGGCCAUCAAAAGUGAAGGCUGGCAAGCCCGAGGAGGCAGACCCCGAUUCUAAAGAGAAAAAAAGCACCUUGGUUCCCAAGGGCACAGCAACUAAUGGCAGUGCUUCUGGGAAAGCUGGCAAGCCCCCAGGUGGGGCCCUGAAGAGGUCCAUCGCAGACAGCGAAGAAUCGGAAACCUACAAGUCCAUUUUCACAAGCCACAGCUCUGCCAAGCGCUCCAAGGAGGAGUCUGCCCACUGGGUCACCCAUACAUCCUACUGCUUCUAAAGCAGGGCUGCACCCCUCCAAGGGGCUCCUGCCUGUGGCCUUCUGUGCCACACUUUCCUGGUGUGGCACCAUGCUAUAAAGUUGUCCUCUCCAAUCUUCGACCUGCGUGGUCACUUGCUGUGAGGUGUGUGUGUCCUGGGGCGGGUGAGGCGGCUUGCAACACAACUGGCCACCUGUUCACAGGCUGAACCUCUUGCUUAGCCUGGUGACUCUGCUGCUUACAUUAGGUAACAAAAAGACUGCAGGUUACUCACAGUCAGUUCAUUCUCUAAAGUCACAAUGACACUGAGCUCAGGGACAGACUUUAAGUAGGACCCUGAGCUUAGGGACAGACUUCUAACAGCCUUAGACCUUGCUCCUCAUGGGGUUUUUCUUGUGUGAUACAAGGAUGGCAGUGAGGAAAAGAAACACCUGACUGCCUUGUACAAAAUAAAGCCCUUUUCUCUAAUAUCUUGAUAAGAAAAUGGCAGCCAUCAAGGUGACAGUAGCAGGGCAGGAAGGCCACCUUUUCUGUCCCCAUAGUUAAAAUUGGCACCUCUGUGAGACUGUUCAUGGGGGCAGCCUAGAACUGCCUCUAUGGGCCAUUUCUAACACCUGCUCCUGGGCUGGGCAAAUGGCUCGCUCAGUGGUGAAAGCACUCACCACAUAUGCUCGUGGACCAGAACCUUUUCAAAAGGAAGGUGAGCACAGUAGCAGGCCUGGGACUCCAGCCCUGUAAAGCAGAAGUGGGACCCCCGGGCACGGUGCUGAGCUCAGAGUUUGUGGGGAGAGUCGGCCCCAGAAACUAGAGGGGAGUGCAAUUGAGAGACACACAGUGUCAGCCUCCGGCCACCCACAUGUCUACGGUGCAAGCGUACACACUAAAGUCCCUGCUCCCAAACCAAACAUGGUGACAUGUCCCUAGUCCCAGCCCUAAGAAGGCUGAGGUAGGAAGAUAACUGAGAUGUCAAAGCUGGCCUGGGUUACAUAGCAAGAUCUUGCCUCAGAAAACAACCCAAAGAAAAGCUGCUCCUACUGUGCUCUGGUUUUCUACUUGCAAAUGGUAAUGUUUGGCCCCAAAUACACAUGAGGUUUGUUCUGGGACAGUGUUAGGGUGAGUGUAGAGGUGUGCAAACAGGAUAAGAUGUGAAAUGAGCACCAUCCAAGAGAACCUGCGAUGUAUGACCUUUGUACUUAGAAAAUUGGAAUAAAAGCUUUUGAAGAUA